AUGCUCCGUGUUCAGAAUCAAUCAAUAAAACACAUUCCAUUGAAACAAGUCAAAGUCCAAGCUAAAAUUCACUCCUUUGCUGCUGAUGUGACAAUUACACAAUUGUUUCAAAAUAAUGAACAAACAUCGAUUGAAGCUGUCUACUGUUUUCCAAUUGAAGAGAAUGCAGCUAUCUACUCAUUCACAGCUAAAAUUGAUGAGCGUGAAAUCGUUGCCCAAUUGAAAGAAAAGAAGGAAGCUCAACGAGCGUACAGUGAAGCAUUACAACAAGGUCACGGUGCUUAUCUGUUGGAACAGGAUGAGAAAUCACAGGAUUGCUUCGUCAUCAGUGUCGGUGCCUUACCGUCAGGCAAGGAGUGUGAGAUCAGAAUCAGUUAUGUAACAGAACUGGAUUUAGUUAGUGGUAGCAAUAAAAUUCGUUUCGUCAUUCCAACCACCAUUGCACCACGUUACAAUCCCAAGAAAGGAGCCAUCUCUUCAACAGUCGCUGGUACAACAUCUCAAUACGUUCAACAGACACCGUACACACUUGAGUUUGAAUGCAAAAUCGACAAGCUGAAUCAGCUAGUAUCGCAAGUUGCAUCUCCAUCACAUCCGAUCAAUGUCAGUCUGGGAAAUAACGACUAUUAUGAAGUGUCGCUCGGUCAGCGAUCGGCACAUCUGGAUCAUGAUAUUAUUUUAGAAAUACAACUGAGUGAAACGAGAACAAAUACCAUCUUAGCUAUGGAGAAGAAUCAAAAUGGACAACUGGCCAUUAUGACAUCAUUUACUCCGAAUGAAGCUGAUUGCAAGAAGGCAUCAGGAAGUGGUAAUUCAUACACGAACGAGUUUGUGUUCGUCGUCGAUUGCAGUGGUUCAAUGCAGGAUGAAAACAAAAUUGGUCUAGCUCGACAGGCAAUGUUACUGUUCUUGAAAAGUCUGCCUGUCAACUGUCGAUUUAACAUCAUUCGAUUUGGUUCAACCUACCAAACUCUGUUUGAGAAUGAAGUCACAGCUGUCUACAAUGAACAUAAUGUGAACAAGGCUCAACAGCUCAUCAAAGAUAUGAACGCUGAUUUAGGUGGUACAGAACUUCUCAGUCCACUUCAACAGCUACAUAGUGAAACGCCAACUUUAGGCUGUUCACGUCAGAUAUUUCUACUUACUGACGGUGAAAUUUCAAACGUUACUGAAGUCAUGAGCUUGUGUCGUUCAAUGUCCACUUCAUCUCGAAUCUUUUCAUUCGGUUU